GCCUCGGGCUCUGCCAUGGGGGGCUCGCUCCGAGCCCUACCCGGGCUCCUGCUGCUGCUGCUGUCCGCGGCCGGGGUCUCCGGGCUCGCCUUCACCGAGGACGUGCUGACCCUGUUCGGGGGGAACCGGAGCCUGUCCGCGGCUCAAGUGGGUCAUCUGCUGGAUCACAUGGGCGCUGCAACCCGGCCGACAGCCGACCAGCUGCAGCACUUGAACUUGCACUAUAACCAGUGUUUUGAAGAGAUCUUUUCCAUUUACGGGCUCUCCAAUGACACGAGGGUCAACAGUUCUAACUUCUCUGAGAUAUGUCCAGCCAUCUUACAGCAGCUGCCGUUCCAUCCUUGUGAUCACCGUGUAAAAUACAAAUCCAGACCAUCACCUGCACAAAUGUGGGGAUAUGGAUUUCUUUCGGUGACUAUCAUUAACAUGGCAUCUCUCCUGGGACUGCUUUUGACUCCAUUGCUAAAGAAGCCAUAUUUUCCCAAGAUUUUGACUUAUUUUGUGGGACUGGCCAUUGGGACUCUCUUUUCAAAUGCAAUUUUCCAGUUUAUUCCAGAGGCAUUUGGAUUUGAUCCCAAAGUUAAUAACUAUGUUGAAAAAGCAGCUGCCGUGUUUAGUGGAUUCUAUAUUCUCUUCUUUGUUGAACGAGUGCUUAAGAUGCUAUUGAAGAUUUAUGGACCCAAUGAUCAUGUUCACUCUCAGAGUGAUGACUUCAUUCCUUCCCAAGAAAAAGCAACCUCCCCAGUCCCCAAAGCGGCUGCCAUCAACGGAGGCAAAUGUUAUGCAAACCCAGCAGUAACACAGCCUAAUGGACAUCUCCAUUUUGAUAACGCCAGUGUGGUUUCUCUCCAGGAAGCGAAAAAGGAACCAAGUUCUUCAUGUACCUGUUUAAACGGGCCCAAGCUGUCAGAAAUAGGCACCGUCGCCUGGAUAACCCUCUGUGAUGCCCUCCACAACUUUAUUGAUAGUUUGGCCAUUGGUGCAUCGUGCACCCUAUCUCUUCUUCAGGAACUUAGCACCUCAAUAGCAAUCCUGUGUGAAGAGUUUCCUCAUGAAUUAGGGGGCUUUGUGAUCCUCCUCAAUGCAGGAAUGAGUGCUCGGCAAGCUUUGUUUUUCAACUUUCUUUCAGCAUGCUUCUGCUAUGUUGGGCUAUCCUUUGGCAUUUUGGUGGGCAACAACUUUGCCCCAAAUGCUAUUUUUGCAAUAGCUGGUGGCAUGUUUCUCUAUAUUUCUCUGGCAGACAUGUUCCCUGAGAUGAAUGAUAUGCUAAGAGAAAAAGUAACUGGAAGAAAAAAAGAUUUAACCUUCUUCCUUAUUCAGAAUGCUGGUUUGCUAACAGGAUUCGCAGAUAUACUUCUCAUUACCCUGUUUGCCAGAGAAAUUGAGUUGGAGUAAUCUGACUUCAAAGAUGGCUGAGUUAAUGAAGACAAUUAACCAAUAAAAAAAAUAUGAAGAAUUCUUUAGUCUGCAU